UCAACGGCCUCAACUUCUCUGCCCUACCAUCUCUCACACGCCUCCACCUCCGACGCAACUACUUGUUUGGAACAAUUCCGUUCAGCAUACACACGCUUCCGGCUCUCACCUCCCUUGAUCUCUCGCAGAAUCGCCUUUCUGGCAGGCUGCCCCUCGCUCUCGCCAGCCUUUCUAACCUGACUGAGAUCGACCUUUCUUCAAACAAAUUUAUGGGUGAGAUACCUCCUUGUUUCUUUGCCAACUGGACCGAGCUAACCUCCCUCAAAUUCCAACAAAAUUUACUUGGUGGCACACUGCCUCCAGAGAUUGGCCAGCUCAAGAGUCUACGUGCACUUUAUUUAUACGAAAACAAUCUCGCUGGUCCCAUCCCUUCGACCCUUGGUAACUUGACCAACCUAAGAUUCCUCUUCCUUUACAGAAAUCUGCUCUCUAGUAAUAUUCCCCAAGAAUUGGGCAAUCUUGUUAACAUGUUGGAUCUACGAAUCUCACACAAUAAUUUAACAGGUCCCAUCCUCUCCAGUUUAGGAAAUCUCACCAAACUCAAAACUUUGAUCCUUAGCGCAAAUAGUUUAUCGGGCACCAUUCCUCAUGAAUUAGGCAACCUAGUGAACUUAAAUAAUAUAUCUAUUUAUGAAAAUCAACUAUCAGGCUCCAUCCCUUCUACUUUAGGAAACCUCAGCAUGCUUGGCUUCUUAGACCUUGAUUACAAUAAUUUAUCUGGCACCAUCCCUCAUGAAUUUGGCAACCUAGUGAGCUUGUUUUAUCUAAACAUCUUGGAAAAUCAAUUAUCGGGCUCUAUCCCUUCCACUUUAGCAAACCUCACCAUGCUUGGCACCUUGAAACUCGAUUCCAAUAAUUUAUUUGGCACCAUCCCUCAUGAAUUAUUCAACCUAGUGAACUUACAUGUUCUAGGUAUCUCAGUAAAUCAACUAUCGGGCUCCAUUCAUUCCACUUUAGAAAACCUCACCAUGCUUGACCACUUGUACCUCCACACCAAUCAUUUAUCAGGCUCUUUGCCCCAAGAACUAGGUAAUCAUACCAACCUCAUCUCUCUAGAGGUAGCUGACAACAAUUUCUCUGGUUAUUUACCUUCAGAGAUCUGUAAAGGAGGUGCGCUUCAAUAUCUUGCUAUGGAAAAGAACUACUUUGAGGGCCCCAUUCCAAGAAGUUUAAAAAAUUGCUCUAGCUUAUUUAGAGUUCGCCUUGAAGGAAAUAAGCUUGAAGAAAAUAUUUUCGAAGACUUUGGGAUAUACCCAAAUCUAGACUACAUUGACAUGAGCUACAACCAAUUAUAUGGCCAGAUCUCACCAAGUUGGGCACAUUGUCAAAAUUUGACAUACUUCAGAAUUUCAGGAAACCUACUUACUGGGAACAUACCCCCUGAAUUCGGAAAAUUGCUUCAAUUAGAAGUACUGGACCUUUCUUCAAAUCAACUUGCAGGAGAAAUACCAAGAGAGUUAGGUGCCAUGAGCUUGUUGUUCAACUUGACUUUGAGUGAAAACAAAAUAUCUGGAAUAAUUCCCUCGGAGUUUGGAAAAUUAUCCAAUCUGGAAAUUCUUGAUUUAUCAAACAACAACAUCAGCAGCCCAAUACCACCACAAUUAGAGGGUUGUAUUAAACUGCGCAUCUUGAAUUUGAGCAAAAAUAAAUUUGAUGGGAUCAUUCCGUCUCAACUUGGAGAGUUAAAAGGAUUGCAAUAUUUACUUGAUUUGAGCCAUAAUUUUUUUGGAGGAGAGAUACCAUCACAACUGGCAAGUUUGACAUAUUUAAUAUCUUUGAACUUGUCCCACAAUAAUCUGUCAGGUGCCAUUCCUUCAUCUUUUGGAAGCAUGUUGAGUUUGUCAUCAAUAGAUGUAUCGUAUAACAAUUUGGAGGGCCCAGUUCCGAGAAGCAAAUUGUUUCAAAAGGCUCCAGCAGAGUGGUUUAUUUAUAACAAGGGUUUAUGUGGUGAGGUGCCAAGUUUGCCUUCUUGUGGAUCAACCACUGUAAGCACUCAUCAUUCAACUACAAACCAUAUUAUACUCUUUGUUAUAACUCCUAUAGUGGGCAGCUUGGUUCUUUUCGGUCUGUCUACUAUAAUAAUUGUUGCUCUUCAUAGGAGAAAAAAACCUACAGAGAAAAAGGAUACUGAUGUUAUUAUUGGCGAUCUGUUUUCGAUAUUGAAUUUUGAUGGAAGAGUUGCUUAUGAGUACAUCAUCAAUGCCUCCGAAAAUUUUGAUGAGAAAUAUUGCAUCGGGUGUGGAACAUAUGGUAAAGUUUACAAAGUAGAACUUCCAAUGGAACAAGUAGUGGCUGUUAAAAAAUUUCAUCCGAUGGAGGAAGAAGUAUUUGAUGAGAAAAGUUUCCAAAGCGAGAUUCAAGCAUUAACCAAAAUUCGACAUCGUAACAUUGUAAAACUUCAUGGGUUUUGCUCCAGUUUAGGUUGUAAAUUUCUCAUAUAUGAGUACAUUGAGAAGGGAAGUUUAGCUAGCAUCCUUCGUAAUCAAGAAACAGCAGAAGAAUUAAAUUGGGAGAGAAGAGCUCAUAUUAUCAAAGAUGUGACCCAUGCUUUAUCAUACAUACACCAUGACUGCAAUCCAUCCAUAGUGCAUCGAGACAUCUCCAGUAAUAAUAUAUUAUUAGACUCUGAUUUUAAGGCUUAUCUUUCAGACUUUGGCACUGCAAGAAUUCUGAAAUCUGAUUUAUCAAAUUGGAGCACACUAGCAGGCACAUUUGGAUAUGCUGCCCCAGAGCUUUCGUACAUGACAAGGGCGAAUGAGAAAUGUGAUGUAUACAGCUUUGGCAUAGUAAUAUUAGAAGUAAUAAUGGGAAGGCAUCCAGGUGAUCUUGUCUCCUCCCUAUCAUCAUCAGACAUCCAACAGAUGCUAUUCAGUGAUGUGUUAGAUCAACGUAUCUCACCUCCUAUAGCUUAUAUGGUAAAAGAAGUGAUGUUGUUGGCUAUUAUAGCAUUUUCAUGCAUCCGUGUAGUACCACAAGCACGACCAACCAUGCAAAGGAUAUCUCACUUAUUCAUAAGUGACAACAUUCCAACUAUUCAUGAGCCGUUCAACUCAAUUAAAUUACGUCAAUUAGUGGAGCUUUUAACAUAGAUGUAGUUCUUAAUACAAAAAUUUUAUGUAGUUCUUUCAUGUUGCAUGGAAUAGGUUAUUGUAACUCUUUUUCUAUUUUUA